UGACCUGUUCUGGUUGCUCACCACCUAUUUAUAAAGAACAAGCGCCUCCAGAAAUGUUGUAAUCUCUCAACAAUUUAUCAUUUCGUGGCCAUCUCUCUAAUCACACAAAAACAAAAAUGGGUCGCCGUAGCUCAGGAGGAAGAUCUGCACCUCGUCCCCGUCCUGCUGCUGCACGCAGCCCCCCUCCUCAAACUGUAAACCGUGCACCUCCUCCAGCACCAGCAGCUCAGGCUAGCGGUGGCGGUGGCAUGCUUUCAGGCAUCGGUUCAACUAUCGCUCAGGGUAUGGCUUUUGGUACCGGAAGCGCUGUUGCGCAUAGGGCUGUUGAUGCUGUGAUGGGCCCACGAACCAUUCAGCAUGAAGGUGUUGAGACCGCCUCUGCUUCUGCUGCUCCUGCUGCAGGCAACGUGUUUUCCAGCUCCUGUGACCUUCAUGCUAAGGCUUUCCAAGAUUGCGUCAGCAGCUAUGGAAGCGAUAUUAGCAAGUGUCAGUUCUACAUGGACAUGUUGUCUGAGUGCAGGAAGAACUCCGCUUCCACUAUUGGUGCCUGAUCAAGAAGGCUCAUCAUGCUUCUUCUUUUCUUUUAUUUGCCUUUUUCUUCUUUUAUCUAAGAAACUAUUCAGCUGUGAAUGCUGAGAAUUUGGAUGCCCUCAAGCCAACCAUACUUUAUUUCCAGAACCAUAAUUUGAAUUUGGGUUAUUUUCCCAUUUCUUAA